CGAGCUUCCGGGUCCCGUUCCCGGUCCCGCGCCCCGCGUUCCGCCGCCAUGACGCUCUCCGUCUUCUUCGGGUGCACCUUCAUCGCCUUCGGGCCGGCGCUCGGCCUCUUCCUCUUCACCAUCGCCCGCGACCCGCUCCGCAUCAUCAUCCUCAUCGCCGGGGCUUUCUUCUGGCUGGUGUCACUGCUGCUCUCCUCCCUCAUCUGGUUUAUCGCGGUUAAAGCCAGCGACCCCCGGGAUGAGCCAUUGCAGAAGGGGCUCUUGAUAUUUGGGGUGAUGUUCUCUGUGCUGCUGCAGGAGGCCUUCCGCUUCCUCUACUACAAGCUCCUCAGGAAGGCCAUCGAGGGGCUGGUGGCCCUCAGCGAGGAUGGCUGCUCCCCCAUUUCCAUCCAGCAAAUGGCAUAUGUGGCUGGCGUGGGCUUUGGGCUCAUGAGCGGAGCCUUCUCCAUGAUCAAUCUCCUGGCAGACUCGUUAGGGCCCGGCACCGUGGGCAUCCACGGGGACUCGCAGCUCUACUUCCUGACCUCAGCUUUUAUGACCAUGGUGUUGAUUUUCCUUCACACCUUCUGGGGGAUCCUCUUCUUCCACGGCUGUGAGUAUCGGCGCUGGUGGGAGAUCACGGCGGUUGUUGUCAUGCACCUCGCUGUUUCGGGGUCGACGUUUUGCAACCCCCUGUACGUGGGCAGCCUGGUGCCCUCCUACCUGCUGAUGGCUGCUGCCGCUGCCUGGGCUUACCUACUGUCGGGGGGAUCUGCCCAGAACCUGCGACGCUUCCUGCUCUGUCUACCGAGUGGAGCCAGCCCCCAGCCGGGAUCCUGAGGCCCCACGGGAUGUUCCUGUCCCCAGCCACCCCUGCCCUCCCCCCCUAUCCUGGCGGCAAGAGCGGCCAUCGCCUUCUCUGCAAUAUCUUUUCUCCUGGACUGGGGGACACCGGCCAGUCCUGGCAGGGCGGGCACUGGGGUCCAGCUGUGACAGCCAGCCGACUGGUGUGGCUGGGGCUGGCUCACUCCGAUGCCCGUCUGGGAGCCUCCAGAGGACAGCUCAGUUUUGGGGGACCUGGCUUUGCUGGCCCUGCCGCGAGUGGAGCCCCAGUUAGCCUGCCUGGGAAGGAUGCUACCUUGGACUGCCAGAGGCCUGAGCCCAAAGAAACCCAUCACUUCUCCCCCUGCCGCAGAAGACGUGCUGUCCCCUGUGCCAGGGUUGGGGGGGCCCACAUCGCCUCCUCACCACAGGGUGGAGGAAGUGGCUUUGCAAAGCGCUGCCACAAUCUGGCUUGGGGCUAACCACUGUGGUGCUACCUUCUCCACCCCUUUGUCCAGCCCCGCUGCCCUGGGAGCCGCAGACCUGGCACUGGACUACAUAGCUGCAGUGGGCUGGCAUCCUGGUGCAGGGAGGGUGGUGCUGGGGGACUGACAGCACCCAGGACGGGAAGAGGACAGGGAGAAGACGGUACCCAAAGGGCCCAGUGGACACAGAGGGUGGUGGAGGGCUCAGGAGGAGAUGCAACCCCGCAGCUGGUGCCAGCACAGCUUGGGAAGGGGGUUCAAGGGACCAUUCCAGUAGACCAUUGCCCUCACCUGAACUUGGAGGGGGAUUUUCAGGCAGGCACCAGCCCUGAUGCUGUGCCACAGGGCUGGGAGGAAGAAACUGCCAUCGGGCUCAGGGCUGAGAAGGCAGUUUUAACCACAGUGGGCUUUUAUACCAA